AUAUUUAGUAUUUAAAAGCUAAUUUUAAUAUACACGUAUAUAUUUAAAUAACAUGUCGUUGAUAAGAAGCAUUUGUUUUGUAAAAAGUUUAAAAUCGCAUUUGAAAACAAAAGAUAACCUAAAACAAUUUGUGCAAAUUGUGCGUACAUUACAAGAUUUGGUGAAAUUGAAAUAAUUUGUGCUACACAAGAUGGAAAAUUCCACAAAGUUCAUCACGAUGCAAACAAUAAUGUUCACUUUCUGCAUACUGUCCCUGUUGACUGUAGCAAUUUUUGGAGAUUUCUUCACGAUGAAAGCCUCAAGUGACGUUCUUCGUGCAAUUAUCGAUAAUUUCAUUCACAGUGCCAUCGGUUCCAUGACUUGGCUCAUUGUGAUUUUGUUCAAACGUAAAAGAAACGCUUUGGCUGUCGUCUUAUUUGAAUUCAUGUUAUGUGCUGCCUUAUCUUCUAUUAUCGAUGUUGACCAUUUCAUAAUGGCACACUCCUCAAGCUUAUAUGAUGCUACACAUCUCAUGUCUCGACCGUACUUCCAUUGUUCCACAAUACUGCUGGUGCCAGUCGUCAUUUAUUUACUGAGUUUGUUUGGACGGGUAGAAUGGAUGCACACGGUUUCAUGGAUGAUUUUUGUGUCUAUUUUCACGCACCAUAUAAGGGAUUCCAUCAGACGGGGGAUGUGGUUUUGUCCGUUUGGAAGCACUGAACCUGUUCCUUAUUGGCUGUAUGUGGUUGUGUUGGCUUUGGUGCCUUCGGUGAUUAUCGGGUACAGCAAACAUUUGAAGGAGAUUAAACCACUUUUUAAGUCGGUUCAUAAUGAGUUCAAGAUUUUGAUUUUGGAUGAUGGUGACGUUUGAUGGCUGUGAUUGGAAUAUUGAUUUUAAAUGUAUAUUUUGACGA